AUGGUGAUGAACAACAGAAUACUCUCCGCAUUUCUAUUGCUGGCUUCCUCCUCAUCCUUGGUGGUGGCUUCUGAAUUCCACAAGCCUCAGCAAAUGAAUAUUCCGGCAGAUAGCACCAGGCAGCUUUUUGACAAGAAAGAACCUACAGAAGCACUUGAGAGUCACGAUAUGAUGAUUCCAGCCGACGACAUUGCCGAUCUUGCUCCCAGUCAUGAUGGCAUGGUGGAGGACGAACAUCCUGAUACUGGAACUGCCCCCAGUCUCGACAUGACAGAGGUGACAGAAGCGCCCAUAGCACAUACACCGACUCCACAAGAAACUAUUCACCCAGUGGAAACGUCGAUGACGUCAAGCAAGGGAAGCCACAGCAAGGGAAGCACCAGUUCAACUAAGGGAUCUCAUUCUGUCCAUAGCUCGAGUGGCAAAGGAUCUCACUCUACUAGCUCGAAGGGAUCUCAUUCUGCCAGCUCAAAGGGGACUCAUUCGACCCAUAGUUCCAGUGGCAAAGGAUCCUCUCAUUCUGCCAGCUCAAAGGGAUCUCAUUCUACCCGUAGCUCGAGUGGCAAAGGAUCCUCUCAUUCUGCCAGCUCAAAGGGAUCUCAUUCUACCCAUAGUUCCAGUGGCAAAGGAUCCUCUCAUUCUGCCAGCUCAAAGGGAUCUCAUUCUACCCAUAGCUCGAGUGGCAAAGGAUCAUCUCAUUCUGCCAGCUCAAAGGGAUCUCAUUCUACCCAUAGCUCGAGUGGCAAAGGAUCAUCUCAUUUUGCCAGCUCAAAGGGAUCUCAUUCGAGCUCAAGUGGAAAGGGAUCUUACAUGAGCAAGAGCUCCGAAACGACUUCUUCCUCCAGCAGUCGUGACAUGGAACACAUGAAGGUCAGCAAAAGAAUGUCUCAUCAUGGUCACCACCCUCAUGAAGAAGAAGCCGAUGAAAUGAGACAUCACCACGAUGGACACACCAUCAAGUCGAGUCGGGUGCAUCACCACAAUGGACACAUUGUCCACCAUCACAAUGGUCACAUUGUCGAAGCUCCAGUCCACCAUCACAAUGGUCACGUUGUCGAAGCUCCAUACUCCAAGUCUUACAGAAAUCACUACCCUGUUUCUAGUUACACGAGCAUCAAGUCAACCGGUACAGGUCACUAUUCCAGCAGCAGCAGCAGCAGCAAGUCGAGCAAAAAAUCUUCCAAGCGAGACCAUUACAAGCACUACGUUGUGGAGGAAGAAGAAUCAUCCAGCGAAGAAACCAUGCCUUCGGAGGAGUUUGGUGUCACCAUGCACCCUACCGAGACUUCCGUCAUCUCGGAAGACCUACCCAGCAUGGAUGACAUGAGUUUUUCCAUGGACAUGAUGAUGGGCGGAAGAUGGUAG